CAAAUUUAACAAUUUCGACGAAAUCUGUAAAAUUCAAGGCUUUUUCCAGUUGGGGUUGUUCACGCAGCGAAUGCAUGCCAAGGUCGAACAAUGGUGCAAACGGCGAGGGCGUUGCCGAUGUUCUUUUAUCCCUGAAACAUGCGGUGGUGCAUCCUGGAAGUCCGACAACUGGCUAUUAUACCACUGGCGCCGGCUCCACUGCGGCUCAUCAUUAUUCGCAGGACUAUAUGCAAAAUCUGGGCCCGUCGGUCCCAGGUCCGGGUCACUACGGUUCUGCAUCCGCCGCUAUGUCCGUCAAUGUGUCGAUGAACAUGACCAUGAACAUGAAUAUGCAUUCUGGAUACGAACAAAGUUAUUCGUCAGCUUGGGGCGUGGAACCUCUCCUAAGUCCCGCCCCUCAGUAUGGCAAUCCGGUGGAGGUGGCAGCGCAAACGACCGCGAGGGUGAAUCAAGGCACGCCAUCCAAUAGCGGUCUGAUCGGUCAUCCCCAUUCCCACCCCCAAUCACAUCACAGUGGUGGCCGACUGCAGCUCGGGGAUGAACACUCAAUCUGUGUAAAUACCACGAGUCCAGCCGUGGGUGGCAUCACCCUCGAAGAUAAUGGCAGACCCAACUUGUGCAGAAUAUGUGGCAAAUCAUAUGCUAGACCUAGUACUCUCAAAACUCACUUACGCACUCAUUCCGGAGAGAAGCCGUUCAG